AUGAACAUAACGUUCAAUGAUGCAAAGAUCAUCCAAUAUAAAUAUGCAAUUCAUAAGAUAAGGUCGUUCAUUAAAUUCUUAAAUGAGGUACGAGAUAAACAAAGAAAUAACCUGGAAAAACUGGCAGAGCCUACUCCUGAAAUUGGUGAUAGUGAGAAACCUAUCGGCACAAAAGACAAGAUAGUGAUAUGUCAUUAUUUGACGUUACUUUCUGGGGUCGUAUUUGCCAUAAAUGAAGGGAUUUUCAAUCCUAAGUUAGAGUUACUUUCUCAGUUCAAAUUAUUCAGAAUUUCACCCAUAAAUGUAUCACCAAUUGUCAGUCAUAUACCCUACGAUAUCAAUGAUAAUGUGGUUAAUCCUUUAAUUGAACUUCCGAAGAGUGAAUUGACAUACAAAUGUGUUUCUUUGCUUAUAACUUUAUAUAAUCAUUGUUUAUCCGGGUAUGAAAAACGAUAUCAACAAGCUAUAACUCAGUAUAAGAUAAAAGAUGAAACCAAUCAAGCAAUUGAUGAUAUGAUUAACGAAUUCUGUAAAGGUUUGGAUAUAAGUGGCUCUGAUGAAUUUAUAUUCGAAAUGUCCAAGGAAAAUAAGUCCGAUGAUGAUGAAAAAACUGAAGGAGGUAUUGAAAAUGAAGAAGUCCUUCAGGAAGCUAAUUUAAUAGAUAUCGAUAUUAAAAUGAAUUUUGUGGUUGUUAAACAUUAUAGAAAAACUUUGGCUGAUCUAAAGAAGGUUGUGGAGAAGUAUAAGUUGAUUAAAAGUCAACCUGCCACCAAACAAACAAAAUACUUAUCCACCAUUCCCCAUCAGGAAUAUUCCUUGCAUAAAUUAUUGAUUUUGAUUCUUAGAGUCAAUGAUAUAUAUUUUAUCAUCAGAAAAUUUGCCAGGAAGGUAUACAUAUCAAAUUAUGCACAUUUGAAUGAUCAGAAACUUGUGGGAAGAAACCAAUAUUUCAAAUCAUUAUUGAAAUCCAUUGACGAAUUGUUCAAUGGAACUAAGAAAAAUGGUGUUAUGAUAGCCACCAUAACCAGAUUCAUAAGAGUAAACUCACAAUUCACCAGUGAUGUGAAAAACAUUCUUGAUUUCAAUAAUUUCGUUAAUCAAGGUAUUAUGAUCUUGGAGAACAGUAUAAGCAAGUUGAUCGAAUUUGGCCAAUUGUGGUCAUCCAUUGAAUUAAAAUUCAGGAAGUUGUAUGGUUUGCCCUUCAAGGGAUUGGUAGAUAUAAUAGAUGAAUAUUCAAAGGAAGAAUUUCCUCAAAUAGAAGAGAACUACUUCGAAAAAAGGAAAGAACCAACAGAAAGGAUAUUUAAUAGACCUUCCAGGAGUUCAUCUGUAUCUUCAAAUUCCAGUAACACUUCCAGUACAUUUUCCAAUAAGAACUUGAACGUACCAUCCACUACCACUACAACUACCACUACGAAUAAUUCUAAUGGUGUACAAAGGAAAUCUUCCAUAAACUCCUUAAGAACAUCACCACGUCAACAACGUCCAAAUUCCAUGAUUUCCAUGAUUUUCAUGAAUCCUCCCACAGCACCUAAUGGUAGAAGACGGUCUAAUAGUCAGGAUGAUUCAUACUUGAGUUCAAGGUUAAGUAGCUUGACUACCAAUGACUCAAGUGUUAAUGAAUCAAACAAUGUGAAUGUUCCAAGUGGAGGGGCUGCCGCUGCAGCUGCCGCUUUGAAGAAGAAGGCAACCUCUAUGCAGCAUUCACAAUCAUUACCUACCCCUUCUACCUCAAGUUCCCAAACUGUCAGGAAAGUUCAACCUAUUAUUGAAGAAGAACCUGUGAAAAAAUUAAGUGCCAACCAAAGACUACAACUUCAUAUUCGACAAGCAGCUAAGUCAGGUAGUUUGAUGACUCAAGAGAAGGAGGUGAUGACAUCUGUUGUAUUCGAUCCUAAUUCCCCUUCUUCUGUUAACAUCAGAAAAUAUCAAGAUAAAUCUCCUUCACCACCUAAAGAAACCACUACGAAGGAACCACCUCAAAUUGAAGUGAAUGGUAAACUUCCAGAACCUUCACUGCCUUCAGGUAAAACAGCACCUUUGAAAAGAAAAACCAGAGAUCAAGUGACUAAAUUGAAUACCAAACGUAAUGAAGAUUUAUCUCGUGACUCAGAUUCUUUGAUUACCGAAACGACCAGUCAUUCUGAUCAAACCAAUGACGAAACUUCCGUUGUAAAGAAAGUCAGAUUCAUUGGAGUACCUGAUUACCAUCCUUCUGAAGAUGCUCCUGCUUCAUAUAGUUCUAAGAUCCUCAAGAAUUUUGCAGUUUUCAAAUCUCCAGCAUUUAAGAAGAAAGAUCAACUUUUUAAGAAGGAAGAGAGCUUAUUAUUCAAAAAUCAACAACAAAUUAUAGAUAGUAGUCUUUCAAAACCUUUGGGUAAUUUCCAACAGGCUAAAUUGAAGAUUAAAACAAGGUUAUCUUAA